AUACAAUGCGCUUUAUGUACUGAUGCCUUGAUGUCCAGCAUCAUCAUAGACUUCGAGGUUCUUCCUGAAGAUGGGCCUUCUGAUCGCACAGCAUCGCAGGUUUGUGGAGAGCUGCAGCGCCAGCUGCAGGACCCAACCAGCGACCUGCGGUGUGGUGAAUUUGGCAGGUUUGCUGCAAAUGCCUCUUUGAGCGUGGACGGUAAACUCGUUGCCCGUGCCAGUUCAGGCGAUGCUGUCCCGCCACCUCCAGCCACGCUGCCUGAGACCACGCACUUUGGCAGCGGCUGCGGUGCAGCAGACCCAACUCCGUUCAGCUCACAGGGGUGGCAUUGA